AUGGCGGCUGCAAGUGAUUCAGCCGCCUGGGUCGCGGCACUCUCCUGGCAAGAGCGUGAUGGGUGCAUGGGAGUUUUUGCUGAAGAAACCCUGGACGAGGGUUCCCUUGUGGAGCGUUGCUAUUCCAUUCCCCUCAAGUCUGUGGACAUUCCGUCUGCCACGCUACAGCGAUGGUUGUAUGAUGUUGGUGACGGCUGUCUGCACUUCCCGCUUGGCUGGGGAAUGCUGUACGCAGAUGUCUCGAAGGAGCAAGCAAACGUGACCUGGAGCGUGGACGUGACGGAGCAGAACGGCGUCGCCUUACAUCACCUAUGCCUGCGAACGACCUCUGUGGUGGCGGCGGGCGCUGAGCUACGCGUUUGCCGGUCAGCGGCGGCUUCCUCAGAACAGAAAGAUGUGGUGGCGUGGUCUCUGUCCGCUUUUGAAGAGCAGGGCCUGAAGCUACCACAGGCUGAGCCAGGCUCGGACCUGGACGGCGAGGUGUUGCCGUCCAACCUUUUCUCCGACCGAGUCAAAGUGGACGUUUCCAGCAUCCACGGCUACGGGGUGUUUGCUGUCCGUGAUAUUGCAGCCGGGGAGAUAGUGGAGCUGGCGCCGACCAUGUUUCUGGGCCGCUGGGACCUCGGGAACUGCCUCGCGGAUCACCGCUUCAGUGCGCACGGAGACCAGGAGCCCACGGCGCGCCCUCUGGGCCUGAAGCUGGCGCUGGGCCGGGGCAGCGUAUUCAACCAUGCGGACACCCCAAAUGUGGACUUCCGCCCGGCCAAAGUGACGGGUCCACGGAUGCUGCAGCUCAUGGGCUGCUUCGCAGCCCUGCGGGACAUCAAAGCUGGCGAGGAGCUUUGCAUCUCCUAUGGUCCGGAUUGGUGGGAGUCGAGGCCGUUCGCUGAAGUUGUGAGUUUCAGCACCCUGUGGAAAACACUUGAAGACGCGGCUGAGUGUAUACAUGUGUAUACGCAGCACUUCGUCCACACUUUCGAGAUCGCAACUGCCUGCAGGAAUGUCCGCAAGAUGAGCUUGGCUGACUGGCGGAAGAAGCGCCGAGGGCUCGGUGGCAUGUUCUGGACCCACGCCUCCGAAGCGAAUGAGCUAGGUGGAGAGACCGACCAUGGUCGGCCAUUCUACGAUGACCCGGACUUUGAGAAGAAGCGCCUUGACAAAGCACAGCUUCUGUGA